AUGCUUAUCAUUCAGCAGAAUUUGGAGCGGACAAGAGCGAAAGACCUUGGAGGGUCUCACCCAACAACCAAACUACAAAUGGGCCCCGUCGCCUAGCGUUUACCCGACCAAGCUUAAAAUUUGGUGCUUUACUACCAUCAGCACUCAACAAAUUUUAAACGUCUUCCAUCUUUCCACACGGUUGACACUUAGAGGACGGGAAAAUGGCAGCAAUUCCAUCCAGCGGUUCACUUAUUGCCACCCAUGAUUACUACCGAAGGCGCAUCGGAUCUACAUCCAGCAACAGUUCCUGUGGCAGUUCGGAGUACACGGGUGAAGUCAUUCCACACCCACCAGGUCUAGCACGUCAGGACUCUGGCCACUGGUGGGCCAGUUUCUUCUUUGGGAAGCAAAACCAAGCGGGAACACCUAAUGGAUUUGAAUCCCAGCAGAAGGCUGGUACCUACACAGUGACAAAUGGCCAGGUGACCUGCGUUGCACGAGAGAUUGUACUGAAAAGACAAAUGAGUGAGAGCAGUGACUCUGGGAAAGAACCUGGAUCUCCAUUUCCCUCGUAAACCACCCCCAAUCCAAUGCCGUACCCUUUACCCCAUUCAAGAGUCACCGUGGGCAGACGCAGGCGACGGAGGCUCAAUUUUAUUUUUUAGUAAAACAGGCUGCUUUUAUGUCAUAUUGUAAUAUUGCUGUUUGUAUCUAUGACCAAAUUAAAGCUGUUAACAUAAAAGCCCAAAAUGAGUUUUUAGUGUAACUCACUGUAUCACUGUGUGCAGGUAUUGUAUGAAUAAAUGACUGACUGCAGCCCAGAA